UGCCGCCAUCAGUGAAAGACAAAGACAGAGUUUAUUGAAGGACAGUGAGAAGAUGAGUGAUCCAGAACCCUGCAGAAUUAAACAGGAAGAGACUGAAGAACUAAUAGAUGUGAUGGUGAAGGAGGAGAGUGAAGAACUGAGUGAAGAUGAGGAGAAACAUCAUUUCAAGAGUGAAGAAGAAACUCAGUCAGAGACUGAAGAUAGUUUUUCGAUAGAAAGAACAGCUGUGAAAGGUUUCACCUGCACUCAGUGUGGAAAGAGUUACAGCCGCAAACAGACUCUCGAGCUUCACAUGAUGAUCCACACUGGAGAGAGACCACACAGAUGUGAUCAGUGCAGCAAAACGUUUUCGUGGCCUUCAGAUCUAAAGAAACAUCUCAGAGUUCAUACAACGGAAAAGCCUUAUUCAUGUUCUGAAUGUGGAAAAGGUUUUAGACAGGAGAAAAGCUUGUCACAACAUCAGCAGAUCCACGCUGCUGUGAGAGAGUUUGUCUGCUUUGAGUGUAAGAAGACGUUUACUACAGCUGAAUACUUGAAACGGCAUCAGAUGAUUCACAAUGGAGAGAAACCUUUUGAGUGUUCACACUGCGACAAGAGAUUCAGACUGGCUAGUCUCCUUAAAUUUCACAAAAUGACUCACACUGGAGAGAGGCCGUUCACAUGUACUCAGUGUGGGAAGAGUUUCACACAAUUAUCACACCUCAAGGAACACAUGCUGGUCCACACUGGAGAGAGACCACACAGAUGUGAUCAGUGCGGUAAAACAUUUUUUAGGCCUUCAGAGCUGAACAGACAUCUUAAAGUUCACACAAACGAGAAACCUUAUUCGUGUUCAGAGUGUGGAAAGAGUUUUAGACAUCAGACACAUUUAAAUGGCCAUGAGAUGAUCCACACUGGUGUGAGAGAGUUUGUCUGCUCUGAGUGUGGAAAACGUUUUAUGAAAACUGCGGACUUGAGACGACACCAGAUUAUUCACACUGGAAUGAAACCGUACAAGUGUUCACACUGCGACAAGAGAUUCAAUAAUCCAGGAAACUUGAAAAAACACAAGCUGAUCCACACCGGGGAGAAAACACACAGAUGUGAUCACUGCAGCAAAACAUUUUUAAGACCUGCAGAGCUGAAGAUCCAUCUUAGAGUUCAUACAAAGGAGAAGCUUUAUUCGUGUUCAGAGUGUGGAAAGAGUUUUACACGACAGACAAGUUUAAAUGAACAUCAGCAGAUCCACGCUGGUGUGAGAGAGUUUGUCUGCUUUAAGUGUGGGAAGAGUUUUAUUACAGCUAGAGCCUUGAAAAUGCACCAGAUGAUCCACACUGAAGAGAAACCGUACGUGUGUUCACACUGUAACAAAGCAUUCAGACAUUCAGGAUACCUGAAAACACAUGAGAGGAUUCACACUGGAGAGAAACCAUUCACAUGUACUCAGUGUGGGAAGAGUUUCGCACGAUCUUCAUCUCUUACUGAACACAUACUGACGCACACUGGAGAGAAAACACACAGAUGUGAUCAGUGCAGCAAAGUAUUUUUGAGAGUUUCAGAGCUGAAGAGACAUCUUAGACUUCAUACAAAGGAGAAGCCAUAUUCUUGAUCUUUAAGAGGGAGUUUUACACCUCAGUGGUAAUGUUUUUCUUUUGCAUUAUGCUAAUCUGUGGUGAUUGGUCAACUACGUUCAACAUGAGACUGAGGGCGCACUCACACUAGGCUAUCCGAACCAUGCCAAGGCCCAUUUCCUGGAUCAUUUGAGAAGUAUGAGUGCUCUGAAUCGGGCUUGGCCGUGGUUUACUUGGCCGGCCCUGGCCCAGUUGGAAGAGGAGUGGCAGAGUGCGGUUCACUUGGGCUUUGGCGCCGUACUCUUAUAGUGUGAGUGCAAAGCACGUCUGAGCUUGAAACUGAAGAUGAGACAUGACUUUUAAGGCACUGUUUCAUGUGGAUUUAUUAAUCAUUCUUACUGUUUAAUGAACGCAAACUGUCGUAGAUUAUUAAAGACGCAAACCCCUCACUGGAUAAUAGCUGCACCUUCAGCAAACCUAAUUCCAGCAGCACGGGGACUUUAUGAUUGUUUAUGAGCGUCAAAAGUGGCUGAUCUGUUCGGUGAAAUAUUUGACCGUGCCACUGCAUCGCGAACGACUAAAACGAUAAAACUAAAAAAAUCUGUGCUGAGCGAGAUCGCUUCUUACUGAACAGCACAUCAUCGAUGACGUAAGCGUGCUCAGGCCCGAAUACAAUGUAAGUGUGGGCCGUCGGGGGAGACGGGAGGGGGAACAAGUGUACAGUUCAAGGCAACUGUACAUAGUGUGAGUACGCCCUGAUAGGAAACACCCACCACAGCUUAUCAAGAGUGAGACACCGCAUGUGAUUGGUGUGUGUGGUUUUACAGGUCGCUUUUAAAAAGUGUGUGAAGACUAUUAUUGAAGCUCUGAAACUGAAACUGCAGGAGGGGAUUCAGACUGAAGAGAAACCACAGAGUUUUGACUACUCAGACACGCAAACACAGUCAGUUUGUGUGUAAAACUCUUCACCAGCUUUAGGAUGAAGAAACAUCAUCUAAAGUUUUGACAGCAGCUUCAUUAUUGGAUUCAGAUCAGCUUAUAGAUGGACUUACAUUACUGGCACUUAUUCUUCUCAAUAUCUUCCUGCUUUGUAAAUUACAACAAAGAGGGCCAUGAAAAAGCCAUGAAAGCCAUGAAAAAGUGUUGAAUACAGGCGGUAUAAAACAUAAUAAUCAAAUGACCCUUGAAUAUUUACAAAAAUAGAGCUUUAGUAAAAAUAGAGCACUUAUGGACAUUUAAUUUGAGUCAGGCACAGAAAUAAUUUGCAUGUGGGCUACUCUCAACCACACGAAAAAAACGAAAGUAAAACUAAAAUACAGUAUAAAAUAGAGCAGUCCUUUAAAUGUCCAAUAGGUGGGGGUCAAAACCAUACGUGACUAAAUGCACAACAAUGAUAGUGAUUCAAAACCUGUUUUGGGGGGCCGAAUCUCAUUAUAUUUUUAAGGUCAG